AUGUCAGAUGCUGAGGAACCAACGACCACCGCUGAAGCACCAUUCGACAAUCCUGACGGCGAUAUCAUCCUCCGUUCAACUGUUGAUCAUGUCGACUUCCAUACUUUCAAAGUCAUUCUUUCCCUCAUGUCUCCCGUGUUCAAAGACAUGUUCACGCUACCUCAAAACAGUUCUCAGUCGGGCGUAUCGUCUGUACUUGUCAUUCCUGUAGCUGAGAGCGGCACAACCCUCGAAUCCCUUCUUCUGCUCUGCUAUCCUGCCGGAACACCAACCUUUGACAGCUUGGGUGAUGCAAAGGCUGUGAUGGAGGUAGCUAAGAAGUAUGAUAUGCAAGCGGCCUUCAACCGCGCAGCAGACCUCGUGAUUGCUCAGUUUCCAUCCGAUCGCGCUCUCGAGCUAUACGCUCUGUUUUGUCAAUUCGGAUUGCAGGAUCAUGCUCAGAUCGCAGCUACCCAGGCGCUCAAGAUCAAAGAUUUAGGACGACCCAGCCAUGUAUUUAAUGGUUUGCGGAACAUCACCGGAUUCGAUUACCACAGGCUUCUCGCAUACCAUCAGGAAUGCGGUGUCGCUGCCCGAGAAGCUGUGAAAUCUCGCUCCUAUAAUGCGCGAGAGUGGAUGUGCGGCAAAAAGACUUGCACAAUGGCAAAAACCCCCCCUGCAGCACGUGCCCCGGCGUGGUUUGAUGAAUAUCUGGACUUAAGUGGGAAGGAGUUGUUGACGAGACCUUGCGAGUCGACAUUAUUAGAGUCGGCAUCUUACAUCUGCGCUACCAUCAAAGCAAUGGAGUGCGCUAAAUCAAUCAGUUGCAAAGAUUGCAAAAGCGACUUGAAGGUCAUCCAGAGUAUGGACAAAUUCCGUGCUUUGUGUAUCCUACAUGUUCAAAUAGCGAUUAUGACGGAGUAUUUGGAGGAUUCUGAUUAA